AUGCAGUUUCAGAGAAAAGGCCCACCAGGUCCUCCCGGUAUACCUGGACGCACUGGUCCCCAGGGCCCUCCUGGGUCGAGCGGUAAGAGGGGAAGAAACAACAGAGGUGUGCCAGGUCCCCAGGGAAAACGCGGCCUAAGAGGACCACCGGGGCCCCCUGGGAAAUCAGCACAACAGAGAACAAACCAUAGAGGUGGAGGUCAGUUAGAAUUACCACACUUCAUUUCAAAGCCUUCCCCCACCAUAACAGUAAAAGAAACACAAAAUGUUCUAAUACCAUGUAAAGCAAAUGGCUUCCCACAACCCGUGAUCACGUGGUACAAAAAUGGACACCUGAUAGAAAAGGAGAGGAAGUACUUUGGAGAAAGGAGUCUAAACUUAGAGAAAAUUCAAUUCCAGGACCGUGGUGUCUACACCUGUACAGCGGAAAAUCUCAUGGGCAGGGCAGAGUUAUCCGUCAAUGUCAGCGUGAAAGUACCAGCAAAAUUUAUUACCGAACCUAAGCGUUCCAUAAUUGCUUACAAGACAUGGGACACUGUGCUCCAAUGUGACAUCUUUGGUUACCCUUCCCCUGUGAUAACAUGGACAAGAUCAGGCGAGCAGCUUUCAGUCAAAAGGCAUUUUAGUAACGGUUCCCAACUUAUGAUUUAAAACACAACAGAGGACGAUGCAGGCGCUUACGUUUGCCAGGGAACCAACCAAAUGGCAAACGUUAUGAGAGUGAUAUGGGUUAUCGUUAAAGUUGUUGUGGAUCCCUACAUGGUAUCCAGUUCUCCCGGUGAAAUCAAGGUACGACAUGUUGGUGAUACUGUGACAUUAAACUGUUCAGCCGGUGGCUCGCCGUUACCCAAGGUCAUGUGGUUCAAAGGUGGUCGACGUAUCAAAUCACAAAGCUAA